UCUUUCUCUAUAAACCUUUCAUCUCUCUUUUCUUUCAUGAUGUCAACUGUCAUCAUAAUAUCAUGCAAGUAGUACCCCUUUUAACCUCAACAUUUGUUUUGCUAUACGCCAGCUAAUUCAUUACAUUACAUUCAUUCAUUCAACCCCAUCACCAACCACUCUCUCUCUUUCUCUUUCUCUUUCUCUCUCUAAUAUUUCUCUCUCAGAUCUCUAACAUCUUCCUCCUCUAUAUAUCCAUACCCUUUGCACUUUGAUUUUACACUGACCCAUAUAGUUUUUUUGGUCAAAAACAGAGUCUUUUUAUGGAGAAAAUGGAGAAUGGGUUGGAGAAGGGAAAUGGAUUGUCAAUGUUUAGCGAAGAAGAGCUGAGAGAAAUGAGUGGGGUUAGUGUUUUUGAUGAAUAUGUUGAAGUCACGUGUGGGUGUACUAGUCAUAGAUAUGGUGAUGCUGUUGGUAGACUUAGGGUUUUUCUUAGUGGCUACCUUCAAAUUAUUUGUGAAUGCACUCCUGGUUGUGAUGAAGACAAGUUAACACCUGCUGCAUUUGAGAAACACUCUGGAAGAGAGACAGCAAGGAAAUGGAAGAAUAAUAUUUGGGUUAUAAUUAAUGGUGAUAAGGUUCCUUUGGGUAAAACAGUGCUGCUCAAAUACUACAAUCAAGUGGCGAAAGCUGCUAAUGGCUCUCAGAGAUCCCAAAAUGGCCGGGUUGGUCACCGCGAUGAGUUUGUUCGCUGUACUAGGUGCAACAAAGAGCGCAGAUUUCGUCUGAGAUCUAAAGAGGAAUGCCGCAUUCACCAUGAUGCUGUGUCAGAUGCAAAUUGGAAAUGUUCUGAUCUUCCAUAUGAGAAGAUAACAUGCGAUGAUGAAGAAGAGCGAGGAAGUCGAAGAGUUUACAGAGGAUGCGGCCGAUCACCAACGUGCAAAGGUUGCACUUCAUGUGUGUGCUUUGGGUGUGACAUCUGCCGUUUUUCAGAUUGCGACUGCCAGACUUGUACUGACUUUACCAGCAAUGUAAAAGCUUGAAUCAGAGUCCUCAACAACAACAGCAGCAUUGUGUUCCUAUAAGCUGGUUAUUUAUGCCUAUAUAGAAUUUUAGAAAUGCUUAAUUUCCUAAUUUGACAUCAACAGUCUGAGUUCAUCUUUCAUUGUUCUCAUUGACUGGAUCAUAAAUUUCAUUGUUAACAAUUUAUUAUUCUCUUACACAAUGUCUUUUUUUCUCUCU